UUCCCCUUCGUCGCCUCCGUCUAUUUCUCUCCUUCGUACACCUCUCUCUCCUCCAUUCUCCAUCUCUCUCCUCUCUCUCUCUCUAGCUCUAGCUCUAGCUCUGCUCCGAUCUGCACAGCUGGCGGCAUUCUCCCUCCCUCUCGCGCGCACGGCGUGGACGGCGACGGCCUCCUCCGCCGCCGCGUUCUCGCCGCCGGCCGGUGAGCAUUCUCGAAUCGAAUCGCAGCUUUGUGUUUCAAAAGGAAGGGAAUUUUUGGGGGUGGGUUUUGGUUUAGCCCACCUUAAAUUAGGGAGAAAAGCCACAUCUCUUCUUGGAUAGUGCACUCUUUGCUGGACAUGUCAUAAUUCUAGUUCAGAGAUGGGACCUAUGGUUGAAGGGUGUGUUGGCCCAAGUGAGCUUCACUUAAGGAAGGAACUUACCGCGUUGCGGAAGGCACGAUUCUUGCGAGAUCCCGAGACUAGCUCGACGUGGAGGUCUCCUUUGGAUUCUAGACCAUUGGCGGCAGCUUCGAACAUUGUACACAACAGCAAUGGAGUUGGAGACAGUAUAGCACCAAAGCAUACCGAGUCACCUACACCAUCAAAGGGUGAAAAGAAGCAAAAAAAGGUUUAUCUCUACAACUGGAGGCAGUAUUCUAACAAGUCUAGUGAAAGUGGAAUGAAGUUAGAUGAGGACAUUAAUCUGGAAAGUCCACACAAUUCUAACGGUGUGGGUUUGAAAAGCAAUGCAUGUCAGGAUGAUCCAGUCAACAUUUACAAUUUUCAGAGCUCAACAUCAUGUACUCCGAUUAAAAGAGUAGCUAGAAGGAGCAGGGUUUUGUUGUCAAAGAAAGGAACAGCAAGAGACCCAGCUGUUUCGAAGUUGCUUGAUCUUCAUGUCAACUCCACUGAGCAAACUGAGGAUACUGAGAACUCAGAGGUGGGUUACUUUUCACGCCCAACAUCUCCACUAUUUGCAGCGUGUGGAUGCGUGAGCGCUUCAAAUACCUCUAGAUUACUGAAAGUGGGUAGAAGAGAGGGAUCUUCCUUUUCUUGCACCCCUAUUUCAACUAGAUCCUAUUACAAACAUGGAAGAGCGAACUCCAGUACAAUUGGUUCAUGGGAUGGAAGGACUGCUACUUCUUUUGAUGGUGAUGAGUCUAACCAAUCAACACUUUGGAGAAGUCGGAGGUCUCAUGUUCCCGGCUACUCAUCAAAGAGGAAUAAAUGUAAAGGAUCUAAAAGAAGUUACUCUCCUUCACUGUCAGAUAUACUCAGAAGAAAAGGUAGCGGCCUAUUAUGUGGGAGCCAGACACUGCAUAGGAAGAAGAGAUCAUUUGGUUCAUUGAAAUGGGGCCAUUCAAAAACAUCUGCCCAUGGAAUGUCACUUUUAGAUGGUAGCUGUGAUUUUGGUUCUUCAUCAUUUGAUUCAUCAAGUGAUGAACUCUCAACCAAUGUAGGGGAGCUUGAUUUGGAAGCUUUGAGCCGGUUGGAUGGGAGAAGGUGGUCAAGCUGUAAAAGCCAGGAUGGGGUUGAUCCAGCUGUUCAUGGAGCUGAUCUGGCAAUGGCAGACCGGAGAAGUUUGAGCCAGAAGUACAGACCAAAGUUAUUCAGUGAAAUUGUUGGUCAACAUAUUGUAGCACAAUCACUUAGUAAUGCCAUCACAAGGGAAAAGAUAGCCCCAGCUUAUCUUUUUCAAGGUCCCCGUGGAACAGGGAAAACAUCCACUGCGAGGAUAUUUUCAAUGGGUCUCAGUUGCCUUGCUCCUGGAGAAAACAAACCCUGCGGGAUAUGUAAGGAAUGCACUGACUUUUUAAGUGGAAACGGGACUAAUUUAAUUGAAGUUGAUGCAAGCAACAGGAAGAGUAUAAACAGAAUUAAGAACUUACUGGAAAACAUACCGCCAUCUGCAACUUCAUCCCGGUAUAAGCUGUUUGUUGUUGAUGAAUGCCACAUGGUGUCAUCCAAAUUGUGGUCAGCAUUUAUGAAGUUCCUUGAUGAACCAUUACCCCGUGUUGUCUUUGUAUUCAUAACAAUUGAUCCUGAUAACCUGCCUCGUGCUGUCAUAUCACGUUGUCAGAAGUACGUCUUCUCGAAGAUCAAAGAUAUUGACAUUGUGUGUCGUUUGAGGAGAAUAUGUGUUAAGGAAAAUCUCGAUGUUGAGUUAGCAGCUCUAGAUUUGAUAGCUCUAAAUUCAGAUGGUUCACUACGAGAUGCAGAGACAAUGCUAGACCAGUUGAGUUUGCUGGGGAAAAAGAUAACUCCUUCACUUGUCAAUGAUCUGGUUGGGGUUGUCUCAGAAGAGAAAUUGCUUGAUCUACUUGAGAUAGCUAUGUCAUCAGACACGGCUGAAACAGUCAAAAGGUCCAGAGAGCUGAUGGACUCUGGGAUCGAUCCAAUGGCAUUAAUGUCUCAAUUAGCUGGGCUUAUCAUGGACAUCAUUGCUGGUACAUACAAAUUAGCUGAUUCUACUGCCAAUGAUAUGGCAGUUGGUGGUCGAAGUUUAACUGAUGGAGAGUUGGAAAGAUUACAGCAAGCGUUGAAGAUUCUUUCUGAUGCUGAAAAACAGAUACGGCUUUCCAGUGAGCGUUCCACAUGGUUCACUGCAGCUCUACUACAACUCAGCUGUGGUCAUAGUUCAGAAAUGAACCAAGCAAGAAGCAGCACUACAGAGUGCCACAAAUCAAUGAAUGACGCGGUGACUGAAGCAGGAAGAGAAUCAUCAUCUAGCAGGGCCGCUUCACAUUCUAUAUCAGCUUUUGGUGUUUCAAAGAAGCUGCUUGACCCCAAAGCAACCAGUCUGCAUUCAAGUCCUCAGGCCCUUGCCUCGCAUUCAUCUAGGUCAAGAUUGAAUGGUAACUUUGCUUAUGGUGGAGAAUGCAUGUCUGCUGAUAGAUUUCUACAGGAUUCUACUCAAAGGAGUAAUUAUUCUGAGCAAAAGGUUCUGGUGAAUGGAAACUUAGAAAGUCUUGCCCACAUUUGGAUGAGAUGCAUUGAAAACUGUCACUCCAAGACAUUGCAACAACUACUUUUCGACCAUGGAAAACUAGUAUGUGUAAGGCAAUGUGAAGGCUGUGUGCUUGCCUUUAUAGCAUUUGAGGACAGCAGCAUAAGGUCUCGGGCUGAAAGAUUUCUGAGCAGCAUUACAAAUUCAAUUGAGACAGUACUGAGAUGCACUGUGGAAGUCAGAAUGGGUCUACUACCUGACUUUAUAGCCAGUGGGCUAACAUCAGAGAUGGGACCUAAUGUAAGACGAGCCGAGUCUGAUGUCUUGAGUUGUUCAUCGAACAGCGACCGACUAAAGGGAACCUUGAACACCUCAAGUAGAAAUUUUGAUUAUUCUGAUGAAGUAAAGAAAGGAUUGGAGCAGUUCAAAUUUGCCUCAGCUGGUGAUGAAAGGUUGCAGUCGGCUUCAGUUACUUCUGUAAAUUCAGGAAAAACUAAAGCCACACAUAUGUCAAAGAUAUCAAUGAUUGAUGAGCAAAGGUUAGAGAGUGCCUGGCUCCAGGCUGCUGAAAAACACACACCUGGCAUGGUAAAUCAAACAAGACCUGAUAGACAUCAGGUUGUGCCACAAAUUGUCAGCCCGUAUGAAAGGAGAUCGUCAAUGGCCCUAGUUGUGCCCUCAGGCCAAGAAGAUGAGGACCUUUCUCAUGGGAUCAAAGCUAUGAAGAUUGUUGACAGUUAUGGUGUUCAGAAAGACCAGAAUGGACGAAACGUAAACAGAAAUGUCGUUUCACCGAGCAAGCUGCACAGCGAUGAUUAUUACAUGGAAAAUUGUGACAAAGAGAGCAUUUGCUCGGAAGCUGGACGACCUGGUUGCCCUGGCCUUUUCCACUGUUGGAAAACUCAAAGAUCAAAGAGGCUAAAGGUUAAGAGACAGACGCGUGUCAGAUCCUCUUAAUCAUUUAGAGCAGACAUGUUCAAUGUUAUAGAAGGCGCAUUUCAAAUAUUCAUGGAGCAGGAAAUGCUACAUAGCUUAAAAUUAAAAUUAAAAGUAGUAUGACACUAUCACCAUCUUUGUCCCAUGAUUCAUUUUCUGUUUCUAGUAUAUAUUCACUCUGAAUCUCUGAUGGCCUAAUAUUUUUGGCUUUCUUGAGACAGGAGUUGAGACAAUUUAGACUAUUUGUCAAUCAUGUUAGUAACAAGUGUUGUCUUUGUGGACAGUGUAUUCAUGCUCCAGCCAGUUUAUGCUCUCAAAAAGGAAAAUUGUCCUUGUACAGGCAUUUGGUUUUUUUUUUCAUGAGAAACUUGAUCUUAUGAGUACCAUCUCAUGAGUGGAACUGAUCAAUAUAGACUAGUUUGAUUAGAUUUGUGUUUUUGGUUAUGUCAAACUUCCUUAUGCAAGAAUGGUUAUUCACUUCAGACAAUCCUCAUGUAAACUUGCCACCAUCUCUGCAUUGUGCCAUUUUGAGCUGCAAAAUUUCUCAACUAAUAUUCUCGAUGUUGAUGACCUCUGUGGGAUCAGUUCAUGGAAAUCAAUUAUAGCAGCUCAUUAA